AAUGUUUCAAAAGUUUAUGAACAAUAAAAUAUGGGAAUAUACUGUGACUUUAGAAAGAACGAUAUACACUGUCUUUGGUUCAUCGAUUUCACAGCAAAGAUACUUCAGUGAACACAACAGAAAUUCCACAAUAUAUGCACUCUCCUCUGGAUAUGGUAAAUGUGGAGUAGCAGUGAUUCGAAUAACUGGUUCAAAAGCAUCAUUAGCUUUAAAAGAAAUGACCAAAGUAUCAACACUAAAACCUAGAAUAGCAUUGCUAAGAAAAAUUCAUGAUCCAGAGACAAAAGAAGUUCUGGAUAAAGGCCUUUGCCUUUGGUUUCCAGGGCCAAAAUCAUUUACUGGAGAAGAUUCUGUAGAAUUCCAUGUUCAUGGAGGUCCUGCAGUAGUGAUAUCAAUUCUUAAUGCUCUUUCAAAGUUACAUUUUCAAUUAGCAUCUCCUGGAGAAUUUACUAAGAGAGCUUUUUUGAAUGGAAAAUUAGAUUUGACUGAGGCCGAGGGCAUAGGUGAUUUGAUCGAGGCAGAAACUGAAAAACAACGUAAACAGGCUACUAACCAAGCUGGUGGUUCUCUACGUCGUCUAUACGAUUCUUGGCGCCUGACUCUAUUAAAUACUCUUGCAAGUUUAGAAGCUUAUGUUGAUUUUUCUGAAGAGCAUGAUUUAGAAUCUAAUGUCUUGGAAAAUACCAAAAGUACAAUACAAAAAUUAUCUCUAGAAAUUCAACAGCAUCUUUCUGAUGGACGAAAAGGAGAAAUAUUGCGCACAGGCGUGCAUGUGGCAAUUCUUGGAGAACCUAAUGUAGGAAAAAGUAGUCUUUUAAACCUUCUUUCUAAAAAAGAUGCAGCUAUUGUUUCAGCUUUUCCUGGCACCACAAGAGAUGUUAUAGAAUUAACAGCAAACAUAUGUGGAUACCCAAUGAUCCUUUCAGACACUGCAGGAAUUAGAAAUGAUCCUGAAAAUGAAAUAGAAGUGGAAGGCAUUAGAAAAGCAAGAGAAUGCUCAAAAAGAGCUGAUUUUGUCAUGUGUGUAAUUAGUGCAAACAAUGGAUUAAAAUGUUCUUUUGCAAAGUUUUUAGAGAACUAUAAAAACAUCAUGGGUAUAGAAAAAGAAAAGAUUCUCAUAGUACUAAAUAAAGUAGAUUUACUUGAAAAAGAAGAAAUAGUAAAAUGGAAAAGUCAGAAUGUUGUUCCUAUUUCAUGUAAAACACAAGAAGGUUUAAAAGAACUUAUAGAAGCAUUAGGAAAAUGUUUUGAAGAAAUAUGUGGUGAUCCAUCUACAGAAAAUCCUGUAAUCAGUCAUGCAAGAUAUAGGAAUCAUUUAUCACAUGUUAUAAAGUACCUUGAAAAGUAUUUGAAAAGAACUAAACUUCCAAAUUAUGAUAUGGCUAUAUCUUUACAAGAUAUCAGAGGAGCAGCAAGAGAACUUGGAAAAAUAACUGGUUCCAUUAGUAAUGAAGAAAUUCUAGAUGUGAUUUUUCAAAAUUUUUGUAUUGGAAAAUAAAAGCUACAUAUGAAUAUCACUGUAACAUCACUGGAACAUAAAUACAAAAAAAGAAAUUGCAA